UCCUUUUUCCCAAAUACGGUUUGUAAAUAUUCUUUUAUCCUAUGUUAGAUUUAAUUGUUCUUCCUUUGGAUAUUUUUUUUUCUAGAAAUGGGUAGUAUAAUAGAAUAUCGAUCUCAUUUUCAUAAGAACAUAUUUUCUGCAAAAAUGUUACCUAAAUAUUUCCACCUCACACAAUUUUCAAGAAUCUUUUUAUUUUCGUCAUAAAAUUCAGAAAUUGUCGGUGGCCUUCAAGUUAAGGAAGUUAAAAUAACAAGUAUCCUUUCAUUUCAUUUUACUAGUGGAAUAAGUUUAAGGAUCAAAAUAAAAUUAGAAAUUUUCAGCGGUUUUUCAAAUGACUUUAUUUUUGAUAACAAUGGUCGUAUCUCAAUUUGAAAAAAACCUUUUGAAGCUUGAAGUUUAUAGUUUAGAGAUCUCAUGAUGAAAACAUUUUUCAAGCAACGUAUACCGAUUAAUCCUAAUGAUACAGUAUCUAAUUUUUCUGUGAAAUUUUUGCAGUUUUUAUUUUUGGCAUACAGACUUGGAUUUUUUUUUUUCGAGCCUAACCACUAUAUGGAUGAGAUCACUUGUUCAUUCAGCUUCAAUAUUAUUUUUUCAAAAUUUCGUUGAUUGGAAAAUUUUAUCAUCAUGAGAUCUUUAUACUAUGAUCUUCAAGCUACAAAAAAAUUUUAAAAUUGAGGGACGGUUAUGGGAAAUACAGCCAUUUGAACAACCGCUAAAAAUUUCGAAUUUUAUUUUGAUCCUUUAAUUUAUUCCCUUAGGGUAGUUUCAAAUGUACGAUUAUAGAAAGCAAAAAAGUAAUUAAUAAUUUUUAGAAAUGUUCGUGGAUCAACUUUGUGUUUUAGCCUUUUUCUAUUACAGGUGAUGUUACAAAUGAUAACAUCUAUUCUAUUAUUUAUUCUAUUAUAUUAUUUUUAUUCGUUCCAAAUUCACAUUAUCGUCUAGGUGGAUUACAAACAGAAUUCUUAGAGAUACUAUUUGUUAAUAACGAAUUUCUAUUGAAAAUAAAAGAAGAAUAUGGAAUUCACGAAAAUGUGGGUGCUUUUCCAACAUUGAAGGUUCGGUUACAAAUGAAAUUUAUGGUUUAACAAUUAGUUAGUAACGAAGUACUAUCAGAAACGAAAGAAAAAUAUGAAAUUAACUUCUCGGACAACUAGAAAUAUGCUAUUACUUACAAAAUAAAUCCAAAGCAGGGCCUGAAAACUUGAAUAAAUUUUUUGCGUUCAGAAUUAUGUAGGAGUUUCGAAAUUUUUCGAAUGAUUAAAUGAGUUACUUAAUUUUAGAAUUGAACAAAUUAAUUUCCUCUAUAGAGAGGUUAUUUUAUACCGAGAGAAUUUAAAAUAACACAGAAUUCUAAUUUCAAAAAAAUUGCUAUAGUGAGAAUUAAAUGAAUCUCGCCUUAAUUAUCAUUCACUGAAAGGAUGGAAAUGUAAUUGUAAUUUAAUUGACGAAAAACUGUAAAAUUCCUACCGAGUAGAGACCAAAACAAUCUAAUGUGUCAUUAAUUGAUUUUAAUUUCAGGUUCCAUCCGAGCUGUCUAAAUUGAGCACAAGGAGUUCAGAGAGUGAUAGAAGAAGCGAUAUAGAUAGCGUUUCAGAAAGGGAAACUGCUAGGAAGGAAGACAAAACAUUGCGCAUCAAAUUUAAAAUAAUAAUAAAAGGUGAAAACCCCACUUAUGAGAUCGUGAAGCCUAGCGAUGAGAGGGAUGAAUUGAACGAAAAAACGCUACCUCGCAAAGAGGCAAAAAAAAGGAAGAACGAAGAAGCCGAGACAGAAAAGGCAAAAAGAAGGAAGACAAAAAAGGCAAAAAGAAAAGAGACAGAAAAGGCAGAAAGAAGGAAGACCGAAGAAGCCGAGACAGAAGAGGCAAAAAAGAAGAAGAGCGAAGAAGCCGAGACAGAAGACGCAAAAAAGAAGAAGAGCGAAGAAGCCGAGACAGAAGACGCAAAAAAGAAGAAGAGCGAAGAAGCCGAUACAGAAAGGAAUGAAUCAAAGUUGGGACCAAAGGAGGUAUUCCCAGACGGCACUAAUUCGAAGGAUCCUAAGCACGAGUCAAAGUCGGCGCCAUCAAAAUCUGGCCCGAGUCAAGAGAGAGUAAUAGAGAAGCUUUAUGUGCCUAGUAUAAAAGAACUCAACUUGAUUCGGAUGUCCAGGCAUCACUUAGAAAAAAUGAUGGUUAUGCCAUGUUUUGCAAGUCUAGCAAUAGGCUGUUUUGUUAGAAUUCGAAUUGGCCAAAACGGGAAUGAGAUUUAUGUAGCUGCACAAAUUUUGGAUGUUUGUGAAACAUCCACCGUGUACAUGGUAGGAAGUACAAGAACGAACAAGGUAUGCAUAAAAAUGUCUGGUUUUUUAUAUUCAAAUUGAAAUUGAAUCAACGCGAAAUUGGCAUAUUAUACGUUAAUUUUUUUUUUCAGGCAUUCGCAGUACGAAUCGGUCAAGAAUAUGAGGUUUUCAGAUUUGAAUUUGUUUCUGAUGAAGAUAUCAAUGGUAGCGAAUACCACCAAUGGCUAAAAACGCAUAUAGAUACCAAAGACCCUUUUCCAACCAAAGAACUGGUGGAACAAAAACAAAGAGAUAUAAGGGGCGGUAUGACAUAUGAAUACAACCCCCAAGCCAUUGAAAGAGCUGUAAGUAAUUUUUCAUAAAUCAUAAAGGUAAAAUGAGUCUAUUGAUGGAGGCAAUUUUGAAUAAUUAUCAAAAUUAUGAUAUCGUUGUUAUUCUUUCGGUUCGUUUUUAAUAUUUUGUCGAUUCAGAAUUGUAUUUCUAGAUAACGAAAAGUAUAUAUGUACCUUGAAUAGGGAAGGUUUGGUUCUGUUUCAAAAGGUUACUUUUUCAACUCCCAUUUUAAACCAAUACACAUUUAAUUGAGGCAUUAAUUAUACUGAUUUCUCGUUCAUUUUCAGAUCAAGGAAAGGGAUAGAUUUUACCGAAAAUUUUCCAAUAUACGAAUAAUGAGGAGAAUAUAUACAGAAGAAAAAGUAGCAGCAAUAAAAAAAAAAGAAUACGACAGGGCCACUCGAUUGGACAUUGAGUUGGAUGAGUUGGAUCAAAUGUGGAGGAAUCUUGAAGAAGCCGCUAUUGCGCAGAAACACGCGGCGAAUAACGCAGAAGAGGCUUUUGAUCCUUUCACAAGACGUCCCACAAGACCUGCACCAAGAGUUGUACCUAAACCACCACCACAACCAAGAACGGCAGAAAGAAAUGAUCCUUUUAAAGAUCAUUUGAACAUUGGAUACAAUAUCAAAAUGGCCCCUCAACCAGCAUUACCAGUGGGAGCUGUUAGGGAGGCGCCGAGACCAGAGGGGAGAAUUUUAGUACCAAAAAGGACCCACAACCUCAUAUCUUACGAGAUGGAAGGAUAAAGAAAACUUUGAAGUACCACCUCCAUAAUUUUCGAUGAUAAUGUAUAUAUGUAUAGAAUACUUUUGUAAAUUGAAUAUUCCCAAGAGAAGUUCAUUAUUUCAGUGAAGAGUUGAUUAGUUGAUUGUACAUAAAAAAUCAUGAUUGUAUUAUAUAUGAUAAGAUUAAUAUUAUGGUUUUCAAUUCUUCUGCCGCAUUUGUGGAAAAAUUGAAUUCAGUAAUAUUUUGUAUGUAUUAUUUUUUGUAUAUGUUUUUUUGUAAAUUUAUAAAUACAUGUAAAUAUGCUUCCUUCAUCUUUUCAUUUAUUUUUCAACCCAUUUUUUCGAUGAAAACCAUAUAUUUUGAAAAAAAAAGUACGUGAAGCCAUCGAGCUAUCACCACGUCUUGAAAAGAAUUAUGAAUUCAAAACUUCAGAGAUCA